AUGACUGCGUCGCCGGCGGGGUCGGUGGUGAGCGCUGGGCUGGGUGACAGCCCCACGGGGCUGAGCCCGGCGCCCGGCAAGGCGCUGAGCCCCGUGCUGCUGUGCAAGGUGUGUGGGGACACCAGCAGCGGGAAGCACUACGGCAUCUACGCCUGCAACGGCUGCAGCGGCUUUUUUCAACGUGCCACCUCUCCCCACAGGUGCCAGGCAGGGACGGGGCUGUGCCCGGUGGACAAGGCUCACCGCAACCAGUGCCAGGCCUGCCGGCUGAAGAAGUGCCUGCAAGCUGGCAUGAACAAGGAUGCCGUGCAGAACGAGCGCCAGCCCCGCAGCACGGCCCAGGUCCGGCUGGACAGCAUCGAGCUGGACUCCGAGCUGCCCCUCGAGCACAUGGCCACCACCAGGGAGGUCCCCCCGACCUCCUGCCCAGCUCCUCGAGGUCCCGGUGCCACCGUCACUGUCACCCCGGGGCCCCGAGCACCCACACCACCCACCAACCAUCGCUUCAUGGCCAGCCUGAUGACAGCCGAGACCUGCGCCAAGCUGGAGCCUGAGGACGCUGAUGAGACGGUGGAUGUGACGGGCAGUGAGCCGGAGCGAGUGGCCAGCGAGUACCAGGUGGCACCAUACCCAGCGGCCAGCCCCGAAAACGUCUACGAGACCUCGGCCCGUCUCCUCUUCAUGGCUGUGAAAUGGGCCAAAAACCUGCCUGUCUUCUCCAACCUGCCCUUCCGUGACCAGGUGAUCCUGCUGGAGGAGGCAUGGAGUGAGCUGUUCCUGCUCUGUGCCAUCCAGUGGUCCAUGCCCUUGGAGAGCUGCCCGCUGCUGGCUGUGCCUGAGCCAGCCCCUGGGAAGCUGCUGCCCACCAGCCUGGACAUCCGGGCGCUGCAGGAGACCCUGGGACGCUUCAAGGCUUUGGCUGUUGACCCCACCGAGUUUGCCUGCAUGAAGGCCGUGGUGCUCUUCAAACCAGAGACCCGUGGCCUGAAGGACCCUGAGCAGGUGGAGAACCUGCAGGACCAGUCGCAGGUGAUGCUGGGCCAGCACAACCGUUCUCACUACCCCGGGCAGCCCGUCAGGUUUGGGAAGCUGCUGCUGCUCCUCCCGGCACUGCGCUUCAUCUCCUCCGAGCGCGUGGAGCUGCUCUUCUUCCGCCGGACCAUCGGUAACACCCCCAUGGAGAAGCUGCUGUGCGACAUGUUCAAGAACUGA